AUGACGGACGACUACACACACCACGUUCCGCGACCAAAGGGCCGUUCGGCGUCGAUAUGCGCCGCCACUUCCACUAGCAUGGAAGCGAUAUCGCAAAGCGGCGGCGGCACCCCGGACGCGGGCACGCCGACCUCUCGACGUCGCCGGCCGGCCGCCCGCUCCCAGAGCGCACGGCUCACCAACACCAGGUCCGUAAGAAGGAAGCACGUGGUCGCCGCCGCCGCCGCCUCCAAUCACGUUGAUAAAAGUCAUUGCAAUAGUGAGCCCAAACUGGCCGAUUCGCAUGCAAUUCACACCCCAGACGUGUCACCCAACAUCAGACGCAAAGGGUCUAUGAGACGGGGAACCUCCGUCUACCAGAGGAAGUCAGCGGCUUUUCUGGACGUGCCAGAUAAUCGCAGUGGAAGGAAUUCCAACACCGAGGGUGAAGAGGACGAGGAUUCUUAUCGCUUAAGAUCGUUCAGCUUCACAUCUAAAGGUAUGUGUGGUGUUGCAACCGAUUAUUUACGAUAA